AUUUUUACUCCCUGGAAUUCCUUCGCCGUUUCUUUGCAAGUUUUUUUCCUUUCAUCAAUGCCAGCCUGAUGUCGCAAGGCUGCGUUUUCAAAAUUGCGAUGGCUUACGCCACUCGCCUGAUCAAAGCACGAUUUCGCUUAACCCUAUCCACCAAGACAUUACCAAAGGUUGUUCGACCAAUACAUGCCCUAGUAAUACCCUACGCAGUCAUGCUAAUCCAAUUGAUGCCGCUAUCAUGCCAUCGAAUUGGCCUGCCAAGCUCAGCUCUGCUCAGCUCCUGUUUUGGGACCGGGUUCACUUCUGGUGGUCGAACAUAUGAAUGGCAUUUGUCCCAAGGAAGGCUGAACCCUUCCUACAUCACUCGAACUAGGAACCUAUACACUUCAAAGACUUCCUCAUAUCGAACAACGAUUUCAAAUACCUUCACCGUCGAUGAAGAACGCGACAGAAUUGCUUCCGUGGGGAUGGACCAUAACGCCAAAAGACGACAGCCUCGUCAUCUGCCCUUCAGCUUCAAAAAUCCUCGGAACAUUCGCCCUUGUCAACAUCGUCGUCACUGCCCUAAGCGUGGUCUUUGGAAAUCGCUACACCUUCUAUCGUUUGACUGGCCGCCGAUUUUUCAAAAACAAGAACAGUAAACUUCACCGAGUCAUGUGGAUCGUCAAUGUUGCCCUUCAGCUUGGUGCUAAUGCUCUUAUUGGAAGGAUUUUUCAGAAGACUCCAGGAUACAAUGCCGACUUCAAGAUUUGGGAGCUUAUGUUAUUUUUCACCGUUCGGCCUCGUUUGUCCUGGAUAGUUUUGAUGUUACUCAGUCAAUAUGAGGUCCACAAUCCAACUGUUACUUACACUCCCGUUGUAAUUGAUGAACUGGAUGUACAGAGAGAGGGACUCAAAUUAGAGCCUCAAUCGAAAGACAGGAAUGUUACUUCACUGGAGCCUAUUCCAAAGCAGCCACACGAGAAAGAUCGACCUUGGGCUUCGACAGCAAAAUCCCAGGCCUUUGCAGAGAUCGCUUUGCAGAUUAUCGCACUCUACAUUAUGGGCAAGACGGCGCAUUUUGCUUCAACUCGUAGAUACUAUCUCGUUGGGACCGCAGCCAACAAGAGCCUUCCCGCUGCUGCCAAGAUCAUGUAUGGGGGUGCUCUAUACUAUCUUAUUAUGGGAGUUCCGCUGUGUUUAUACGAGAUUUUCCUACUUGUUUCUUAUUACACUGGGAACCUCAGAGGGAAUUUCCAAGGCAGCUCUCUCUCAAAUAAAACGGUCGGCUAUUCGGCCUUCAUCUUCUACAACUUGAGCUAUACCUGGUUAGGAAGUUGGCUAUUCUGGGCUGGUUUCGUUCGACUGGCUGGUGAUCUUUACUGUCCUCCAAAACUCCAUGUCCAAGGCUCCAUCUGGGGAGCCUUUUCGCUCAUUGGUAUUAUUCUGGGUGUUGGGGGGGUAUAGCAAAGUGCAGGUUCUUCUAUAGUAACCAUAGGGGAGAAGGAAAGGGAAGAAGAGUGCGGGAAGAGUGCAGAAGCAAACAGGCUUUGUAGGUCAAAGGCA